AUGGCACAGGUGGAAUUCCGGCACACCUCUGCGGUGACAGCUCUCAUCACUCAAGGAAGAGGUGAAGGGCAUCAAUAUUUGAAGUCCCUAACAAUGAAAACAAGUCUUGACGGAUCCAACUGGGAAACUGUCACUGAUGAGUCAGGAAACAUAAAGGUUUAUGAAGCAAACAACGACGGUACAACACUUGUGAAUCGAACUGUGAAUGAGAAGAUCCUGGCAAAAUUCAUUCGCAUCCAUCCAGAAACUUGGUAUGAUUGGCCAUCCUUUAGUAUGGAGAUUCUUGGGUAUUCACGUAGGACCUGCUGGAUUGGGAAAGCUGGUGUUACGACCGAAGACCUUCCUGUACUUCACCAGACGUUCGCUCUAAACAAUGGGAUAUGUGGGGAAGAGUGCCACAAAUACCAGUCGUGUGGUAGUUUUAUGUUUGACUUCGAUAAUGGAGAAUGUCACCUAUACUCCAUUCAGACAUUCAACGUUACGACAACUCGGUCAGCCUCUCUGGGAAGAAAAGUUUAUUUCGUGAAUAAACCUGAUUGUAUUCUUUGA